UAAGCUUCCACACAAUGACGUCUUCAAUAAACAUCAACAACAACAAUUACAAACCUUGAAGAAAGAAACAUAGAAAGAAAAGAAACAAGAAGAAAGAUCACAAUUUCCAUUUCAUAAACAUAAAGAUUCAAUCUUUUUCUUCAAAACGUCACAAAUUUCCCAUCUGUUUUCCGCCCUUAUUCUUUUUUUUCUUUUUUACAAAAAUUUUUGUUUCUAAAUUACUGCAAAUUAAUUUGCAGUAGUUUUCAUGUGGAAGAUUAUAAUGAAGAUUGGUGUUGGGACUUACAGAAAAUACCCACCUCUAAAACCCUAGAUUGUGCAUGAAAUUUGAGGUUGAAUGACAGUAAACUUGAAGAAAGAUCUGAGAUUUUGAAAUAUCUUCUCAAUAACUACUGCAUUUUUCGUUGGUUUAGAUAGAGAUUAUUGGUGUCUUUGGCAGCUAUGGCUUCGAAAGGCCCGAGGUCUAAACUUGAUCAUGAAUCGAGAGCUCGAAGACAAAAGGCUCUUGAAGCUCCUAAAGAACCUCGUCGCCCAAAAACACAUUGGGAUCAUGUUCUAGAGGAGAUGAUUUGGUUGUCAAAGGACUUUGAGGCAGAGAGGAAGUGGAAGUUAGCGCAGGCAAAGAAAGUAGCUUUAAGAGCAAGCAGAGGCAUGGUUGACCAGGCGACAAGGGGAGAAAGGAGAAUAAAGGAAGAAGAGCAACGCAUGAGGAAAGUUGCACUUAAUAUCUCAAAGGAUGUUAAGAAAUUCUGGACUAAAAUAGAGAAGCUGGUGCUCUAUAAGCAUCAAUUGGAGUUUGAUUCUAAGAAGAAGAAGGCACUCGAUAAGCAACUGGAGUAUCUCUUGGGUCAAACUGAAAGGUAUUCAACUAUGCUGGCGGAAAAUCUCUUGGGAACUGCAAACUCCUGCCCUUCUCUGCAGCCACUUAUAGAAGAGAAAAAUUGCAACUCUCAACCGAUUGAGACAGAUGAAAAGAAAAUAGACGGGGAUGCAAUGGAUAAGGAUGCAUCAACGGAAUUGCUUUCUGGGGCUAAAUCAGAUGAAGAGAUGAGUUUAGAUGCUAUGGAAGCUGAUGAUGAAUAUGGUGUAUCAUCUGAAGAUGAGUUGGAAGAUGACGAGCAGACUAUCGACGAAGAUGAAGCUCUAAUAACAAAGGAAGAAAGGGAAGAAGAAUUGGCUGCCUUGCAGAAUGAAGUAGAUCUACCUCUAGAGGAGCUACUCAAACGUUAUUCUAUGAAUGAAGUAAUGCUCAGAUCUGUGCUGUUGCAAGAGUCCCAUGAAGAAGUUGACCGUGUUCAGGUCAAUGGUGAAAGCUUACCAAAUCAACUUGGCGUAACUAUGGAAAACGCCAAAGAGGUUAUCACUGAUGUUGAAACUGAUAAGCUUGUGGUGCUUAAGGGGGACAUUGACCAGUCAUCAGAGGGAAAAAGCAAUAGUCCGUCUAAGGCAACUAGUGACGUAUCUAAAGUUGAAGCCUAUCCGUCCCCUAAGUCCUCAAAGACCUUGUUGAAUUCGGAAUUUGUAGACGCAGGUUAUGAUUUUAUUGAUGAUCAGGCAGAUGAUGAGUUUGUUAUUGCCACAGCAGAAGAGAAGGACGACGAGACAACCUUGGAAGAGGAGGAGGAGUUGGCAAAAGCAGAGUCGAGAACGUCUGAAGAUGAAAUUGCGUUACUGCAGCAAGAAAGCGAGAUGCCCUUGGAGGAACUGCUUAGACGCUACCAUAUGGAACAUUCCAAUCUGGGCUCUAGUGAUGAUGAAUCAGAUUAUUGUUCUUCUCACUCUGAUUUAGAGAGUUCUCCGAAGAAUCAAGUGCUUGAAGAGGAAGAAAAGGAUAAUAAGGAUACUGUUGUGGCUGAAGAUGUUAUUGGGGAGACAAAAAAUAAUUCGCUUGCCCCUAGUGAAGAAGCUGUUGUUGGUCAUGUUGAAGAGGACAGUCAAAGAGAUUCUAUAAUUGCUGAUGCUGCGGCUGCUGCGAGAUCCGCCCAACCGACGGGGAACACCUUCUCCACGACUAACGUGCGAACAAAGUUCCCCUUUCUUAUUAAGCACCCUCUUCGAGAGUAUCAGCAUAUUGGGCUUGACUGGCUUGUUACCAUGUAUGAGAAAAGACUCAAUGGGAUCCUUGCCGAUGAGAUGGGUCUCGGAAAGACAAUCAUGACGAUUGCAUUGCUUGCACACCUGGCAUGUGAGAAGGGAAUAUGGGGGCCUCAUCUCAUUGUUGUUCCAACCAGUGUCAUGCUUAACUGGGAAACUGAGUUUUUAAAAUGGUGUCCGGCAUUCAAAAUCUUAACUUACUUUGGGAGUGCUAAGGAGCGCAAAUAUAAGAGGCAAGGUUGGAUGAAACCCAAUUCUUUCCAUGUGUGCAUAACUACUUAUAGACUUGUUAUCCAGGAUUCAAAAAUUUUCAAGCGUAAGAAGUGGAAGUAUUUGAUAUUAGAUGAAGCUCAUUUGAUAAAGAAUUGGAAGUCUCAGCGGUGGCAAACUCUUUUGAAUUUCAAUUCAAAGAGGCGCAUCUUGUUGACGGGUACUCCGUUGCAAAAUGAUCUAAUGGAACUGUGGUCUUUAAUGCAUUUUUUGAUGCCCCAUAUCUUUCAGUCUCACCAGGAAUUCAAAGAUUGGUUUUGUAAUCCUAUAUCAGGAAUGGUAGAUGGACAAGAAAAGGUGAACAAAGAAGUGAUAGAUCGUCUUCAUAAUGUAUUAAGACCUUUUAUUCUGCGUCGUCUGAAAAGAGAUGUUGAAAAACAGCUUCCUAUGAAAUAUGAGCAUGUCAUAAACUGCAGACUCUCAAAGAGACAGAGGAAUUUGUAUGAAGAUUUCAUUGCUAGUUCUGAAACCCAAGCUACUCUGGCUAGUUCCAACUUCCUUGGUAUGCUAAAUGUCAUAAUGCAACUACGUAAAGUUUGCAAUCAUCCUGACUUGUUUGAGGGCCGUUCGAUUAUAAGUUCUUUUGACAUGGAGGGUAUAGAGAUGCAAUUGAGUUCUACAGUGUGUUCAAUGCUUUCGCCCGGUCUAUUUUCUUCAACCGAUCUUUCUGGCUUGGGUUUUCGUUUUACACAUCUAGAUUUCAGCAUGGUAUCUUGGGAGUAUGAUGAAGUCCAAUCUAUUGCCACUUCUCCUGCAUUGAUCGAACAACGUCUUAGUCAUGAUCAUCUAGAUGUUAUUAGGCCUAGGUUUAAACAUGGGAACAAAGUUUAUGGAACAAACAUAUUUGAAGAGAUUCAGAAAGCGAUACGUGAGGAGAGAUUAAACGAGAAAAAACAGCGGGCAGCUUCCAUUGCAUGGUGGAAUUCAUUGAGGUGUCAGAAAAAGCCUUUGUAUUCUAGAACCUUGCGUGCAAAUCUGACUGUAGAGCAUCCCGUUUAUGACAUACAGUGCCGUAAGGAAAAUCCCGUGUGUUUUGACUAUUCCUCAAAGCUUGCAGACAUCAUUUUAUCACCCGUGGAACGAUUCCAGAAGAUGAUAGAUCAAGUUGAAUCUUUUAUGUUUGUUAUCCCAGCUGCACGAGCUCCUCCACCUGUUUGUUGGUCCAAUAAAUCUGGAAGUUCUGUUUUUAUUGAUCCAGGUUACAAGGGAAAAUGCUCUCAACAUUUACUGCCUCUAUUGACUUCUAUACGUCCUGCUGUUGUUCGGAGGCAGUUAUAUUUUCCUGACAGGCGCUUGAUACAGUUUGAUUGUGGAAAGCUCCAGCAGCUUGCUAUUCUACUUAGAAGAUUGAGAUCAGAGGGUCAUAGAGCAUUAAUCUUCACUCAAAUGACAAAAAUGCUUGAUAUAUUGGAAGCUUUCAUAAAUUUGUAUGGUUAUACCUAUAUGCGCUUGGACGGAUCUACUCCACCGGAGCAGAGGCAAACUUUGAUGCAGCGAUUUAAUACGAAUCCCAAGAUAUUUUUGUUUAUCUUGUCAACACGUAGUGGAGGUGUUGGAAUAAAUCUUGUUGGGGCAGAUACGGUGAUAUUCUAUGACAGUGACUGGAACCCUGCCAUGGAUCAACAAGCUCAAGAUCGUUGUCAUCGUAUUGGACAGACCCGUGAAGUCCAUAUUUAUCGUUUAGUAAGCGAGAGCACCAUUGAAGAAAACAUCUUAAAGAAAGCAAAUCAAAAACGAGCUCUUGAUAAUCUAGUGAUACAGAGUGGUGGCUACAAUACUGAAUUUUUCAAGAAGCUUGAUCCGAUGGAGCUGUUCUCGGGACAUAGAUUAGCUCCCUCAAAAGAGAGAGGCAAAGAGAAAAAUGCAGAGGAUGGGGCUGAAGUUCCUGUUUCUAAUGAUGAUAUAGAGGCUGCUUUAAAAAAUGCUGAAGAUGAGGCAGAUUAUAUGGCUCUUAAAAAGGUUGAAGAGGAAGAGGCUGUCGACAACCAGGAAUUUACCGAGGAAGCCAUUGAAAGGUUGGAAGAUGAUGACUUGGGAAAUGAGGACAUUGUUAAACCCAAUGAAUCUACGGAUCAGAAUGCGUUGGUUACUGCUUCCAAUAUAGAAAAUAUGGUUAUCUCAAAUGGGAAUGAUCUCGAUAGGGAGAAGGCUCUCACAUUAGCAUGCAAUGAAGACGAGGUUGACAUGAUAGCCGACGUCAAGCAGAUGGCAGCGGCUGCUGCUGCAGCAGGACAAGAAGUUCUAUUGUUUGAGAAUCAAUUGCGUCCGAUAGAUAGGUAUGCAAUGCGUUUCUUGGAGGUUUGGGACCCUAUUAUCGAUAAGGAUGCAAUAGAUCAUCAAGUUGAGUUUGAGGAGAGAGAGUGGGAGUUGGAUCGUAUCGAGAAGUUAAAAGAGGAUAUGGAGGCAGAAGUUGAUGAUGAUGAUGAGCCUCUUGUGUAUGAGAAAUGGGAUGCAGAAUUUGCUACUCAAGCUUAUCAUCAGCAAGUUGAAGCUUUAGCUCAGCAUCAGUUGAUGGAAGAACUAGAAAACAAAGCCAAGGAGCUGGAAAAUGUCGAGGAUGUGAACGGCGAUUUUGUCAAGGUUGAAGCGUCUGGUGGUAGUAAAACUAAGUCUAAGAAAAAGAAAGCGAAGAAAGCAAAGUUCAAAUCUUUGAAAAAGCACUCGUUAUCCUUGGCUUCAAAAUCUAUGAAUGAGGAUGAUUUAGUAGAAUAUGUGUCGUCAGAUUAUGAAGAUGAUUCUCGAGAGCUGGCUGCUUGUGCCGAGGCUAACCCAUCUAGUCUCAUUUUAAGAUUGAAGAGGAAGAAGGAUGAAACGACUACCGCUGAAGAGGGGACGUCCACAAAGAGCAAGUCCAAAAAAUCCAAGAAAACUGCUCUCGUAAUGAAAUUACCAGCUGCGGAAUCAAACACUUUAAGAAUUUUACAUGAAGAAUCACGAGAUACGAGGUCAUGUGAAGACGGGACUCUUGAUUUGGAUCUGAAGCCUUCUAAUAGGGGUAAGAUGGGUGGGAAACUUUCAAUCACUACUCUGCCAAUGAAAAGAAUUUAUACUAUUAGGCCCGAGAAGUGUAAGAAAAAGGGGAAUUUGUGGUCAAACGAUUGUUUCCCGUCGCCCGAUUCCUGGCUGCCUCUGGAGGAUGCAGUAUUAUGUGCUCUUGUACACGAGUAUGGUCCGAAUUGGAGCUUGGUUAGCGACUGUCUUUAUGGGAUUGAAGCUGGUGGUUAUUACAGGGGCAGAUUUCGCCAUCCAACUUUGUGCUGUGAAAGAUUCAGGGAACUUGUCUCAAAAUUUAAUACUGUUGCAGAUGCUCUCAACAACGAAAAAACAAGUACGGCUGCACCUGCGAAAGGGUUACUGAGAGUUACUGAGGACCACCUUCGAGUUCUGUUGGAUGCUGCAAUGGAACAACAAGAUAGCGAGUUACUUCUUCAACGGCAUUUCACUGCUCUUCUCACUACCGUUUGGAGGAUGAAUUCCUCCACAGAUCAGCAAAAAGGCCGUUCAGCUCCCCAUAGUAAUCUUUAUCCGAGCAUAAGGCUAUUUGGUAAAUCCGUAAAUCCAACUGCUCAAAAUUCAAGCACAGGGUUGUCCAAGAAAAAGUUCAAUUUGGUUCAGUGCGGCAGGCUUCUAGUUGUAGCAUUGCAUGAUGCUGAAAGCGUCAAAACAGCUGCCCCCUCCCACAUGGAAGAGGAUUUACCUGAUACAGAGAAGUUGGAUGUCACAGUAGAGUUCAGAAAAGACAGAGGUGAGAGUGAUGACUCCACCGUUGGUUUUCCUUCUGUAGUAUCGGUUUCAAUACCUGGCUUGGAUCCGCUUCCACCUGUUAAGCCGCCUUCAGAAGAGAAUCAACUUAGGUCUACUCAACAAGUGGCGGAGAGUCGUUUCAGGGCUUCCUCUAGUGCAUGUCUAGAUGGUUUUCAUGGCUGGGCAUCAUCUGCAUUUCCAGUUGGUGAAUCCCGCAACCGAUUGUCAGUUAGAUCAUCCUCAUCAGGGAAACACAAACUGGGUCCAGGUGAAUCCGGAAGAUCAUCCAAAUCAAAGCUCAGAAAACUUGCAGAAUCUGCCGAGAUUCAUCCUCCAUUUGCAGAACCAUUGCUCCAAGUACCGCCCAACAUUCCACCCAUUGCUACAUACUCUGCUCCCGACUCAUAUCCUUCAGGGCUCCUAGCUAGUCAUUUUGAGGAUCAUUUGAUCAAUCCUAUGGAGGAAACCCCUUUAUGUACAAAUAAUCAUGAGAUGGUCCCACAUUGGUACGACCCCCAUUUCAUUUCGGACCUUGACGAUUGCUCAUUGACUGAUUAUACUGAUAUCGGGUAACUUGGCCUAUAUCAUAGCACGUUAAGUUUAGGGUUUCCCCUUCUUGACUAGAAACCGAAUUUUGUGAGCCGAUGCGCCCUUGGGCAGCACAGUUCAUGCCCUUUUUUGGCUAGGCUGCAGUACGCCAAUACACGCUGUAUCUGCCUUGUUUCUAUUCUGUCACACAGCACAGGGUAACACAGGCUGAAUGACUUGACUGCAAAGAAAAGUGGCGCAACCGCACAAACAUCUGAAUAAUUGAUGGCUACCGAGUAGGUAGAAGCGCAAGUGUUUCGGGUUAGUAGCGCUUUUUUCAAAUGAGGCUUUGAUGGGUGUCUGAACUCGAUCCUUGCGACAUUUUUUGGAAAAUUAUCAUCAUCUCCGGGAUACGUUAUCUUGUAAAUUAGUUAGCUAAUUUAGAGUAAUUGGUAAUUCCUACUUUGUAUGAGUAGAUGUAGCUAUGUAUAUUACUAACUCAAUUAUGUGAUCGAUGUUCGCUUAUUCGUUAA